AUGUCGUUCUCCUUCCACUUUGCUCUGGACAAUAGCGUCUGUGCGACGUCUAUAGCCCCGUCGCCAGCCGCGACGUCCUCGACGCCGGUUGGACCACAGCGCGAGUGCGAGCGGAUCGUCUACAGCCCUCGCGCCCCUCCCCCCGUCUUUUCUGUUGUCCAAGUCGAAGACCUGACGUUCGAGACCGUUCAGACGACGAAUGCAGCCUUUAUGGCGCGUACAGGCGCUAUUCGCUCGUGUUUGACGACGUCAGACGUCCAGACAGGUGUCUACGAGGGCGGGUUCAAGCUCUGGGAGGGCGCGUUGGAUCUCGUGAAGCUCCUGGCGACGCAGCAGCGACAAAGGCGCGUCGAUGCCGGCGGUGCAGGGCUCGUGACGUUUAGUGACUACAACAAAGAGGUGCUGGAGCUCACGACCUGCCCUAACGUGCGGCGUAACGUGGGUGAGCAGAUGUUCUCGAGGGCCGAGUUUUACGCUGGAGCAUGGCGCGGCAUGUCCCGGUACAUGGAAACUGUAGAGCUCAAGACGCCCGACCAGACGCAGUUUGAUCUGAUCUUGACAGCAGAGACUAUUUACACGGAGGCAGUGGCGGUGGAGCUGUAUCAGACGAUCAAGCGACAUUUGCGUCGAACACCGAACGCCCGUGCGCUCAUUGCUGCGAAGAAGUAUUACUUUGGGACAAACGGCAGCGUGCAGCACUUUGUCGGACUCGUACAGGCAGACGGUCUUUUCACGGCCGAGACGGUAUGGCAAGAGCACGACGGCCGUUCGAAUAUGCGCGAGAUCGUGCAGCUUACGUGCGUGGAUACGUGCUGA